AUGCGCCCCUCCCUCUCUACUGAAGUCUGGGCCAGUCGGAUACCAAGAGCUCUCUUGCCACCACUGUACAGCCUCAGCUCGCUAGAACUCCAUUACUGUGCAUGGCUGAGGGAAGCUCACCUCCAGGAUAUUAUUGACGGUUGCCCCAACUUGGCAACCUUCAAAUUUACCUCAGAAGCCAGUCCUACAACUGGUCGACCACUUCCAUCCUCGUCCGGAUUCGACUUUCUGGGUCCCGCCCUGGUAUUGAAAGCCUUGAGGCCACGGUCAGAGACUCUCACGGCAAUAUCGAUCAGGUAUAUGCCACUUCUUGACCUCCUCUUCAGGACCCGCGGUAGCAUGGACACCGACAAGAACCUGAUUCAAACCCUCGGUGAUUUCCCCAACUUGAGGGUCCUGCAGAUCUCCCAUGGUGCUUUAGGGUGGAAGGAUAUCGAUGGUCCCAAGAACAACAGCUGGGACGGCCUGGGCGCAUAUGCCAGGGAGUUUUUCGAAAAAGACCAUCUCGACCUUUACCAGGAAAGGGGUAUACAGCUUCUGGUCGAUUAUGAAGACGCGUAUGAGGACCAAGGAGACACUUUCCCUGCCGCCAUUCACGAGGGCCUGCGCCUGCGCCACGCCGUUACUUUCCAUCCUGACAUCGUCAAAGUCACGGGCUUGAACUUUGAGCGUGACUACGAAAGGAGAAGGUGUUGUGACCAUCACGAACUCCCUGAAGGCCACUGGCCUGAAGACGCAACUCUCAGAAAGUUUCAUUGGCAACGGGGCACAAGGGUGCUGUACGGAGUACUCGUCGAUGGGACGAGUACCGAGCACUACAUCAACGAGAGAAGAAAAACCGUCGUGAUGCACCGCGACUACGGCCCUUGA